GAUUCAUCACAGCACUACUCCUUUUGGAGUCAACCAAAGUUACAUCAGCCGAGUGGUGGGACGAACUAAGCAGAAGUUUACCGAAGAUCAGGAACCUUUAUCUUCUAAUCAGGAAGCGAGCACAAAGAAAUCAAAUUGGUUUAUACUAGCUCGUAAAGACGAUACUGGAUAUUGGAUUCUCAAGGUCUGACUGUCUGUCUCAUUUGAAAAUGAACGGAACAGCAGAAUGUUUGCCCGUUCUGGUGGUUGGUGCUGGUGGAAUUGGAUGUGAACUAUUAAAGAAUUUGGUGUAUAAUGGCUUUGAUAAUAUAACAAUUGUCGAUCUCGACACCAUCGAUAUCAGCAACCUAAAUAGACAGUUUCUUUUCCAUAAAAAGCACGUUGGACGAUCCAAAGCAGAGACAGCCAGAGAAAACGUAUUGGCCUUUAAACCAACUGCUAACAUUGUUGCUUACCACAAAAGUAUUUUCAGCUCUACAUUUAAUUCUACGUUUUUUGAAAAGUUCGCUGUUGUUUUCAAUGCCCUGGACAAUCUUGCUGCACGGAAACAUGUAAAUCGUAUGUGUGUAUCAGCAAAGAUUCCUCUAAUCGAAUCUGGUACUGCUGGUUACCUGGGACAAGUUGAACCAUUGCUUCCUGUCAUUCAACUAGAUGAUGAAUCGACAAAUUUGGACGGAAAACUGAAUGACAAUUUGUCAGCCUAUCGUACUGGAUGUUAUGAAUGUCAACCACGGGGUUUAGGCCAACGUCAUUAUCCUGCUUGUACUAUACGUAAUACACCGUCUGAACCAAUCCAUUGUGUUGUAUGGGCUAAGUACUUAUUCAAUCAGUUAUUUGGUCAGUCGGAUGUCGACGAUGAAGAUAUCUCUCCAGAUUUCUCAGAUCCAGAUCUACAUAAUCACGAUCAUAAUAAUAAUAAUAGUCAAAUUGAAGAGAAGUUGUCUACAAACAGCUCCACCGAUAAUACACAUAAUUCAGAAGUAAAGAAGCCAAAUCAACUAACCUUAAGAGAAUGGUUUCGUCAACUUUCGUCUAGCCAUUCUAAUUCAACGGAUACUGGGCUUCCAUCCUCCCCUGCUAGUUCACUCGCUUGGAGAUUAUUUCAUCGGGAUAUUGUCACCUUGGUUGGUAUGCGUGAUCUAUGGGUAGAUCGUCAAGAUCGUCGUGAACCAACACCAUUGGAGAUGUCUACAUUGAAGGAGGCGAUCAUAAACCAUGCCUCAGCGUCGUCAUGUACAUCACUGGACUCAUCAAAUUCCAAUGAACUACGCGAUCAGCGUAAAUUGUCCACAUCUGGUUGGCUUGAAAUCUUUUUGAAUUCUGUUGAAAAAUUACAAAGACAAGUAGAAGAUGGCAGUGGAGACAAGUUUUUAGUAUGGGAUAAGGAUGAUCAAGAAGCUAUGGAUUUUGUGGCAUCCGCUGCUGUUAUUCGAUCACAGUUGUUCCAUUUACCCGGUGCUGAUCAACUCACACGAUUUACAAUCAAAUCAUUAGCUGGGAAUAUAAUCCCUGCAGUAGCGUCUACAAAUGCAAUUGUCGCUGGGCUGAUGGUACUUCAAGCUAGACAUAUUUUAUCGAAACAUUAUGAGCGUGUACGUACAGUCUACCUACAUCGUCAACCAACUGGCCGUCGUGGCAAUCGUCGUCUUGUUGUCCCAGUGAAACCUGCACCAUCAAAUCCUUCUUGCCUGGUAUGCAGUGAUACAAUCAAAAAUUCUCAGCUACGCUUAGUCUGUUCACCAGAAACACUUACUCUGCGUAUUCUACGUGAUCAUAUUCUAAUCCGACAUUUAGGCAUGCUGGCACCAGAUGUAGAACUGUCUGAUCGUGGUGUUAUUUUGAUAUCAAGUGAAGAGGGUGAGACAGAUGAAGAUACAUUAAAUAAAACACUGGCCGAGUUUAAUAUCACUCAGGAUACAUGUCUACAGUGUGAUGACUUCCACCAGGAUUUCACUCUACGUCUUAUUGUAUCUUGUAUUAGUGUCGAGUCAGCGAGUCCACUGUCAAAAUCAUCAGACAACAAUCGACCUACACAACAACAACAACAGCAGUACCAGCUGUUCGACAGUGACGAUCAUCUAUCUGAACAAUGGCGUAUUUUAGGCAAUGUGGAUUCCGUGUUAACUACAGUCAAAGGUGGUAGCAGCAAUAGUACAGCAAAAUUACCAUCUAUACCUGAAGAGAUUGUUAUGGUGAAUGGAAAUGGGGAGAAGCAUAAAGCGUCGUUGAAUCGCAAAGAUGGCGUCGACACCAGUGUCAAUGAGGACAAGGAUAUAGACUUGGAUAUCAUUGAAAUCAUCGAGGAAUCUACGGACCUACCACGAUCACCAUCAUCAUCGGAAGGUCAAGUUUCUAAAGACAGUGUAAAGCGUCAAUUCCAAACUGAUGAGUCCACUGGAAAUAAUCGUCAAGUCAAAAAGGCAAGACUGGAUACCAGCGAUGUUAAUGAUGAUGAUUCUUCAUUGCCGUUGUCGCUUAGUGCGGUUGUACCGAUAGUCAACGUCGACUCUGAUGACGAUGAUCUAAUCCUUAUUGAGUGUGAUUAAUAAUAAUAAUAGUAAUAAUAAUGGUUAUGAUAGUAGAUCUGGCGGUAAUGACAGACUACAACGAGCUUUAUCGGAAACACGGAGCAUUCUAGUAUCAAGAUUGUAUCGUCAACAACAAGAAGGGGACAACGAUAGAGAGGCUGAGAAGAACAAAACUGCUGGAGAAGAAGGAGAAGCAGAUAAAAAGGAAUGUCAAAAGUCAGAAAUACCUCAACCAACAAUCAUUUUGUAUAGUCAAAGUAUUAAAAGAGAUGAAGAACCCGAGGUGAAUUCAUCACUGUCAACAUCAUCAUUCACUUCGUCAGCGUCAUCGGGCUCAUCAAUAGUGUCUGGUCUACCUCCGUUGUAUUCAUCAUCAAUAGGUGGAGGACGUCAACAGUUGGAAAGUAAAGAAAAACGUGAUCAAAAUACGCAUACUACUACUAGUACUACUAUUUAUGAUUUCAGUAAUAU